AAGGUUAGCGUUUGGUGUUGAGUUGUGUGAAUCAAAGAAGAGAAGAUGAUCGAGGUGGUGUUAAACGACAGGCUAGGGAAGAAGGUUCGGGUGAAAUGCAACGAAGAUGACACCAUCGGCGACCUGAAGAAGCUUGUGGCGGCUCAGACGGGAACCAGAGCCGAUAAGAUCAGGAUUCAGAAGUGGUACACUAUCUAUAAAGAUCACAUUACCCUCCAGGAUUAUGAGAUUCACGACGGCAUGGGCCUCGAACUCUACUACAACUAAAUUCAAUAUAUAGUUUGAUGAACGCUGCCUCAACCUGUAAUGUUUUUCCAACAUGAUUGAUUGUAAGAUUCAAUACAAUGUUUCCUGCAUCCAUCCUUCAGGUAUGUUAUUGAUGCUUGAAUAUGCCGGCCUGUUAGAUCAUGGAAUGUUUUCUGUCGGAUCAUAACGGAUUUGAUAACUAAUCGGUGCUUCAAUAUCUAUGAAUGUUAACUAUGUGGUUGGCGAUUCUAUAAUCAGAUUAUUAACUCCGUUUGUUUGCAUCCUGUUUAUGAUGCAAUGAUAUCUUGUUUGAUUGUUGCCUAA